AUGCCUGGUCAAAGUGGGCCUUCACCCAGUCCCAAUGACACUUUUAAUCCUUCAUCUCAAGCGUCAGCUGGAAUUACUUAUCCUGCUAACGAGUCAUCUCCCGAAUCGGCCGGUUGUGACAUCACGAAUAACGCAUUGCGCUAUUCGAAUUCUACACAACCUGGUCCGUCCUCUGCCACUCCGCUGCAGUCGUUGGCGAUGGAAGGAGCUGCCAUCAAGGCACCUUCUUCGUCCUCUUCGACGGUCUCAAAUGUCUCCUUGGAAAAGGUCUCCGAUACCGAACCGCGACAGUACACCACCCUCACCACUUCCAAUGUCACUUUGAAGGCAGGAUCCUCCUACUACGGUGCAUCUGUUGAUAUUGCCGCCGCUGCUGCAACAGCCUCAGUCGUUGCGGGCGAAACUGUUGCCUCCUCUACCUCCGCUUCUACCUCCCUCUCCAUAAUUGAGGCGUGGUCGACGCCGUUGGCACUCGGUGUGGAACCACCCCCGCCCCCUCAUCCUGCUGUCUCCUACCAUCCACCACAGCACCAUCACCACCUCCAACCCCUUCAGCAGCACUAUAUGAGUUUCAGUGGUGCAGCACCAGCGCUUCAACAUGGUCACGAUGUACAGAAUUCUCCCAGUAUGACGAACACCACCGGUGCCAUCACUGUCACCUCAUCCUCCUCAAACUACCUCCAUCAUCACCAUAAUCAACAAGCCGGAUCCUCACCUCACCCUCUUGUGGGUCUCCAGAAUGUUCCCAUCGAAUUCCCUCCCCCCAGUUGUAUCGAAGCCUUGGCACCGGGCUACGCUUACAACCCCCGAGUGCCCCCAACCCUCUCGUUUCAUGGCUCUCCCCAGGGCAGUCGGAUGUGCAACCCUCCUCUCGGUUCUGCUGUUCCGGCACAAUGCCAUCCCGCUCACUCCCCUGCCGCUAUCGCAUAUCACCAUCAUGCACAGCAUUUCUCCGACCCCACCAAUCCUCUCACUCUCAAUCCUCCGAUGGUAGCUUUCGGCGGCUUAGAGGCUCCUGCUACGACCCUGGGUGAGUUGUCACUCGCUCUCCUCUCCGACAAUAUUCCACCUCAACAUUCUUUUCUCGCCAACAUUUCAGAGGAAAAGCUUGAAUCUCCACUCACCAGUCGGGCAGUCGUGGGGCCCACAAUAGUAGGUGGAGUUGCCGGCGCUUUUGAGGCGAUGCUGCCACGCUCAAACCCGACUACUGCCGGCAGUGCGCGAGGUGGGAGGCGUGGCGGUGGUGGAGGCGGCAGGCGACGCAACACCACACCGCUGUCCAGUGUCUCCUACGGAGCGGACAUGCCACCCCCGCCACCCUCCAUCAGCACCGACUCAGAGGGGGCAAACUCAUUGGAUGGUCGAGAAGAUGAGACGCCGGAGCAAAAGGCGGAACGUGAGAAGUCACGACGACAGGCGAAUAAUGCGCGUGAACGUCUACGAGUUCGCGAGAUCAACGAUGCCUUCAAGGAGUUGGGUCAAAUGAUUAACCUGCACACGGGCAAUUCCCAGCCCCUCACAAAGCUGAUGAUUCUGCAGCAGGCCGUCACUGUGAUAAUGCGCGUCCGCGACAUCAACGAUGCCUUCAGUGAACUUGGACGCAUGUGCAUGAUCCACCUGAAAAAUGACAGACCUCAGACAAAACUCACCAUUCUUCAACAGGCCGUCACCCUCAUCACCAAGCUUGAGCAACAAGUUCGCGAGAGAAACAUGAAUCCCAAGCAGGCAUGUCUUCGGAAACGGGAAGAGGAGAAGGGUGAUGAGGUUUCUGGACUCCAAUGUUCCUCCACCUCAGUUGUUAGUGCCGCUUUGGAUACUUCGGUUGGACAAAUAAACGUACCGUCCUCUUCUGGUGCUGCUGUUGGUGCAUCUGCUGCGGCCACUACGCCGUAUGAUCGCGGUCUCUACCAGCAUGCGGUCUAUCCUCCCAGUGCAGGAGUUGCGACCAAUAGUGGUGGCAACAUGAGCUACGCACCAAUGUACUCACCCUACCCACCGGCCCUCCCCCAGCGUUGGUCGGCUCAGUCGGGUCUGGACUAUCUCCAACCCUACCCGCCUCCGCUGCCCACACCGUCGCCAGUCGCGACGGAGGGGGCGGCAUCGGCAACAGUGUCUUCCGCGGCGGUAUCGGCGGCCGAUGUUCAACCUCCACCUCUUAAACAAUCGCGAUGUAUAGUGCAGCCAGAUGCUUUCAGCCAGGUGACAACACUGACUUCAGAAAAUCGUGGAACGACUCCGGGCGACGAUCCUAAUACCACGUUGAAAAAGGGUGUUGGAGAAAGGGACGAAGAGGAGGAAGAAGAAGAAGGGGAAGAGGAGGAAGAGAAUGCUUCGCAUCUCAUUAUCGUAAUGCUUAAGAAAAGUGUUACUCUCUACUACAUUAAUUCGUCCGGUGUGAAAGUCCCGAAUGUUCUCGAGACCUACGUUGCUUCCUUGGACUGUAGUUUAAACUCGCAAGACUAUGUUAAGCGCUUCAUCAUACUGAUGGCUAAGCACUGGGAAGAACUGGGACAAGUUUUGAAUGAUAUUCGAGAAGAGUCAAUGCCACUUACGCCCCUUAUUAAUUUGGCGUGUUUAAUCUAUCCUACAACAGGCAUAGUAAUAAUUCCUGUAUCCACUUCUUAA